AUGCAUUUACAAAGUUGGAUUCUUCCCUUGUUUUGGCCACACACCGUGUUUGCAAUUGCAACCACCCUGACGCCUAACGAAAUCAUUGAUGCUGGCAAGAACACGAUCGCAUCAACUUCGAAAACACUAAAAACAGGUCCAAAACUAUGCAAGUAUCUUUCGUCUCAGCUUGUUCUGUAUGCUGAAACCAUAGGUCUAUCAAAUAAACAAAGAAUCCUAGCGCGAAGCUACCUAGUGAACAGGACUUGGCAUGAUCUUUCCAUUAAGGCGCGUUCGACCUACCGUACUACCGCCGGCUUAUUGGUAUCUACAUGCCGACAAGAUUUAGACAAAUUAUGUCGGGAGCCCCUCGGUGAAGGCAGGACCUACGAUCUGUCUUGCGAACUCCAACGUUGUAAUGGAGAAAUGGCAACGCAGAACACUCCCAUCGCGAAGCUUGAGAAAUGA